AAGGGGUAGUAUUGGAGUUUUAACCUAUAAAAAUCCAAAGCCAUUUUCCAUCUCUUGUUUUUGUCACACCACACAAACAAAGUCGUCUUUCUCAAGAGGGAGAGAGAGAGAGAGAAGGGCCAACGACCACAGACACAGACACCAAUAAACAAAAACCAUGAGCCCUUCUUCCAAGCAGCGGCAUCGUAGCUCAACCGGCGAAAACAAAUCAAAACCGGUUAGAUCCGGUUCAUCCUCCGCCAUACCGGAAUGGAUUACCGAAGCAACAAGCGGCGGAUCUCUACGCCGCGUAGAUCCCGAUACAGGCACAGACGGCUGGGCUUCUCCUCCGGGAGACGUUUUCUCUCUCCGCUCAGAUUCUUACUUGACCAAAAAACAAAAAUCUCCCGCCGGUGAUUACAUCCUCUCUCCCGCCGGCAUGGACUGGCUCAGAUCAAGUUCCAAGCUCGAAAACGUGCUCGCUCGUCCCGAUAACCGUGUGGCUCACGCUCUUAGAAAAGCUCAAUCUCGUGGUCAAUCUCUCAAGAGCUUCAUCUUCGCCGUGAAUCUCCAGAUUCCAGGUAAAGAUCACCACAGCGCCGUGUUCUACUUCGCGACGGAAGAACCUAUCCCUUCCGGUUCGCUUCUCCACCGGUUCAUCAACGGAGACGACGCCUUCCGGAACCAGAGAUUCAAAAUCGUGAACCGGAUCGUGAAAGGUCCUUGGGUAGUGAAAGCCGCGGUCGGGAACUAUGGAGCUUGUCUUCUAGGGAAAGCCUUGACUUGCAAUUAUCACAGAGGUCCUAACUAUUUCGAAAUCGACGUCGAUAUAUGCAGCUCGGCGAUCGCGACGGCGAUUUUGCGAUUAGCGUUAGGGUACGUGACGAGCGUGACGAUAGAUAUGGGGUUCUUGGCAGAGGCGCAGACGGAUGAAGAGCUGCCUGAGAAAUUAAUCGGGGCUGUUAGGGUUUGUCAAAUGGAAAUGUCGUCGGCGUUUGUGGUCGACGCUCCACCGCCGCAGCAAUUGCCGUCACAACCGUGUAGAACGUUGAGUUCGGCUAAAGUUAACCACGACGAAGACGAGGAUUGAGAUUUUUAAAAUUUGAGCCACAGGUCAAAAUGGUUUGUUUGAUAAUUCAUUUCUUCUCUUCUCUCUCUCUCUCACACUCAAAGAUCUGAAACAACAAUUUUACAUUAAUCUCAAUCAAAUCUAUAU